UUUGGUUCGCCCGAUUUUUAGGAUCCACCACAAUGACGGUGAUGGACACGUUGGACGUACCGGCUAUCGAGUUCAGCAGAACGCAGCGAGGUCGCACCAUGCUGAUCUACGACGGGUACAAAUACGUGGAAAAUCGCCAGAGCAACAAGAACGUAUUCUGGCGCUGCUCAAAAUACGUCAAGUAUGCCUGCCGGGCGACCUGUGUGACGUCCAAGAGCCCGAGUGAAUGUCCUAUUCGGCUAGCUGGCAAUGCCCACUCGCAUGGGCCGGAAAAAAUGUUGGACAGUGACAAAAUUGAACCCUCCGAUGAAUCCGACAUUCAGUUCCGGUUGAUGCAAUUGUACUAG